AGUCACUACUCCCUUUUUGUUUUCUAGCAGAUCUCAGAAGGCAGUGACUUUAUUGGACAUCAAUGUCCAACACAGCCUGCAAGAGGCAUGCUGUGGUUGAGGGGAAAUAAGGAAAUCUAACGGAUGCCUUCUGGCUACUUGGGGGGAAAUAAUUUCAGACAAUUGCAUUUUUGUACAUUUUUAUUAGCCUACACGUUAUCCUCCACAUUGAAGUUUUUCAGCAACGUGCAUUGGAUGGAUACAUAAUCGUACCACAAAGAAGACAAAGCUUGUUGCAACUAAAAUACUUUUUUUCGUUCCUGUUCUUCUCCCUCAUACUUCCCCGUGCAGGAAAGCUAUUGUUGAAUGUGUAGAGUGGAAGGAGCACGCAGUCUGAUAUCUGUAAUACGACAGAGGAAAUGACCGUUUAACCAUUAGACCGUGUGGGACAUUAGGACAUGGGAUUUAACAGAAAAACUGACUCCGGGCUUUGAAUAACCCGUGAUCACAUCUUUGGGGAAAAUUGCAAAUUAAGUAUUUCUUCCUGUGAGAUUAAGCCGAACUGUUUCGGAAACUUGGAUAGUUUGCAAGCGAUCUGAUUUGAGCGCACCGCGACCUAAAUAAUGUCCAGGGGUUGAAGUGCGGAGAGAACUAAUAAAACAUACAAGAGAAUCUGUAUUUUGAACGUAACUAAAAAGUGUAUGUAGUCACAUAGCGGUUCACUCAUCACUUGACAGAACUUUCCAAUCACAUCUGACUGUGAAAAUCCCUCUCACGGGCUAACGAGUGCGUACAAAGAUGGCAAUCCUUUGGAGACGCGCUCCUCUGGGGCUGUGGAAACAAAUAAUGGCUCCGCUCGUCUUGCUCUUGUGCAACAGGCUUGUGACCAAUGCGGACGAUGACACUUUCAACGCAGAGUCGUGGUUGCGGAGGUUUGGCUACCUGUCCCAGGCCAGCAGACAGAUGUCCACCAUGCAGUCCUCUCAGAUCCUGUCAAAUGCUGUCAGCGACAUGCAGCGCUUCUAUGGCCUGGAGGUCACUGGAGAGAUGGACGAUGCCACACUGACGGCCAUGAGAAGGCCUCGCUGUGGAGUCCCAGACAAAUCUUUUGGGCAGACUGAGAACGGUAUGAGGCGGAAACGCUACACUCUCACUGGCCAGAAGUGGGACAAGAACCAUCUGACCUACAGCAUUAUGAAUACUACCCCAAAGGUCGGUGAGGAGCGGACACGAGAAGCCAUCCGCAAGGCCUUUUUGGUGUGGGAGCAUGUGACACCACUGAGCUUCGAAGAAAUCGCCUUCCAAGACAUCACCAACAGCAGCCAGGACGCGCUAGAUAUCAUGCUGUUGUUUGCCUCUGGUUUCCAUGGAGACAUGUCUCUGUUUGACGGCGAAGGGGGAUCCCUGGCUCAUGCCUACUACCCAGGGCCCGGGAUGGGCGGAGACACACACUUUGACGCAGACGAACCGUGGACACUUGACAACCAUAAUCCAUCAGGUAUCGACCUAUUCCUGGUUGCGGUGCAUGAGCUGGGCCAUGCUCUGGGCCUGGAGCACUCUGACAACCCCAAUGCCAUUAUGGCUCCCCUCUACCAGUACAUGGACACAAAGACCUUCUCACUCCCAGAGGAUGACAGGAGUGGAAUACAGAAGAUAUAUGGACCUCCAGACGAUGCUCCCACUCAGGACCCCCCCACCACCACCAGUGAUGACACCGCCCCUCACCAAGACCCCACCACCACUGCUCCUCCAGAUCUAAACCCCACCACCCCCCCUUAUAGUUCUCUCCAGACAGCCCCCCCCAGACCCACCUAUGACCCUGACACCCCAGACCAACCAGAACCAGAUCCCACAGACGCACCUCACCCUCCAAUACCUGACCCAGAACCCACCAUCCUCUGGCCUGACCCUGUGCCGGUGACCCCCUACAUCAGGAGAGAUGAGCCUCGACACCCUGUGCAGCCAGACCACACCGCCCUGGACAUCUGUGACGGGGACUUUGAUACGGUCACUAUGCUGCGAGGGGAGAUGUUCGUCUUCAAGGGUCGCUGGUUCUGGAGAGUUAGGAGGAAUCAUGUUCUGGAUAACUACCCAAUGCCCAUUUCUGUCUUCUGGGUUGGACUACCUGAUGAUAUAGACUCUGGCUAUGAACGGCACGACGGGAAAUUUGUCUUUUUCAAAGGGGACAGGUACUGGGUGUUCAGGGAGGCUGAUGUGGUGCCUGGUUACCCCCAGCCCCUGGUAGAGUAUGGUCAGGGCAUCCCCUCAGACAGGAUCGACACAGCCAUCUGGUGGGAGCCCACCGGCUACACAUACUUCUUCAGAGGAGACAGAUACUGGCGUUUUGAUGAAGAGUCCCGCACCGGUGACAGAGACUACCCGAAACCUGUCUCCAGGUGGGGCAACGUCCCAUCCUCUCCUAAAGGAGCCUUCCUCAGCGACGAUGGCGCUUACACCUACUUCUACAAGGGCUCCAAGUACUGGAGGUUUGAUAACCAGAAAAUGAAAGAUGACCCAGGCUACCCUAGAUCCAUCCUUAAAGACUUUAUGGGCUGUGAUGGAGCACCGGAUGUGGACCCCGAUACAGAUGAUACAGUAACAGGCCGCAAGUGGCCCACAGUGGACCAACCAAAACCACAACCACCAAUUGGCUCAGACCCGGAUGAUGUCGACCGAGACACAGAUACGGAUUACACCAACGAUGUGGAUUAUGAACCUGAUGCAGAGGACAAAGAGGUGGAUGUGGUGGUGAGGAUGGCUGAGAACGAGGCCAAGGUUAUGACCCUGAUCAUGGUGACUGUGCCCCUGGUCCUGGUGCUGUGCAUCCUACUAUUGAUCUAUGCUAUUAUUAACACCCUGCAGAAGAAAGAGGCACCCAGACUUUUGGUCCAUUGCAAACGAUCCCUGCAAGAGUGGGUUUGAUGUGCUCCAGAUCUGGAUUCACACACACACACACACACCAUACACAGGCACAUACAGUCCGCGCACGUACACACACAAACAUUGCAUACAAAUACAAGCACAUAAUCUCCCUAUUGUUCCUCCUUAACCAGUUUAUAACAGACAAUUUGCACUUUUAACACCCAGUGUUUGGAUUUUUUGUUGUUGUUAGUUUGUACCCUGUUGUAGUUUUAUGUGUUCAAGCCAAAGAUUUCCACGAAUGUCCUUAUAAAACAGAGUGGUGGUGCCUGUCUACAACCAGCAAAGGAAUGUCUAACUGUUGUGUGUGCUGAAAACACAAGACCACCAUCUCCCACUGUGUCUUUCCUCUAGUCUACAACAGCCCGGACUUUAUCCACAAAAGGGCCGAUUUAGAUAUUGAUAUUCAGACCCCCUUGGGGCGAAAUGAAAUACAGGGGUUCAAAAAGUGGUAUAUCUCAUGGUACACAUAUUUAGGAAGGCUGCUAGAACGGAGCUGGGUCUGGUUGACAUUACCCAGAUGUUGCUGAUUUAGUCAUUUUGGCUGCAGAGCCGGGGGAGGGGUUAGGAUGCC